CUGCGCCACAAGUAAGGUCAUUCUCACUCGGGGUCUAGCCGUCGGCUGAGUCAGGUGAGCGUAGACAGCAGAAAUCCAGUAAAGCAGGUAAAGGAAAAUAACAAAAUAAAAACGCCAAGAUGUCUCUGUCUACUAAACUCACCCUGGACAAGGUGGACGUGAAGGGGAAGCGGGUCAUCAUGAGGGUUGACUUCAACGUGCCGAUGAAGGACCAUCACAUCACAAACAACCAAAGGGUCAAGGCCGCUGUCCCCAGCAUCAAACACUGUCUGGACCAUGGAGCCAAGGCUGUGGUGCUCAUGAGCCACCUGGGACGUCCUGAUGGGAAUCCCAUGCCCGAUAAAUACUCCCUGAAGCCCGUCGCUGCCGAACUGAAAACCCUCCUCGGCAAGGACGUGCAUUUCCUGAAGGACUGUGUGGGCCCCGAGGUGGAGGCUGCCUGCGCCAACCCCGCUGCUGGCUCCGUCAUCCUCCUGGAAAACCUGCGCUUCCACGUUGCCGAGGAAGGCAAGGGGAAGGACGCGUCCGGAAACAAGACCAAGGCCACCCAGGAGCAGAUCGACUCUUUCAGGGCGUCUUUGUCCAAACUGGGCGACAUUUACGUCAACGAUGCCUUCGGCACAGCUCACAGAGGCCACAGCUCCAUGGUGGGGGUAAACCUGCCCCAGAAAGCAGCUGGCUUCCUCAUGAAGAAGGAGCUGGACUACUUUGCCAUGGCAUUGGAGAAACCUCAGCGGCCAUUCCUCGCCAUCCUGGGAGGGGCAAAGGUGAAAGAUAAGAUCCAGCUGAUCAACAACAUGCUGGAUCAGGUCAAUGAGAUGAUCAUCGGAGGGGGCAUGGCCUUCACCUUCCUCAAGGUCUUGAACAACAUGGAGAUCGGCAACUCCCUGUACGAUGAGGAAGGAGCCAAGAUCGUCAAGGACCUGAUGGCCAAGGCCGAGAAGAACGGCGUUAAGAUCAACCUGCCCGUCGACUUCAUCACCGCAGACAAGUUCGACGAGAAAGCCACCACAGGAGUCGCCACUGUGGCCGCCGGCAUCCCAGCCGGCUGGAUGGGUUUGGACUGUGGCCCGGAGAGCUCCAAAGCCUUCACCGCGGCGGUGGGCAGGGCCAAGCAGAUCGUGUGGAAUGGCCCCGUUGGCGUGUUCGAGUGGGAUCACUUUGCCCACGGGACCAAGAACUUGAUGGACAAAGUGGUGGAGGUGACAAAGUCGGGCUGCAUCACAAUCAUUGGUGGGGGCGACACAGCUACCUGCUGUGCCAAGUGGAACACAGAGGACAAGGUCAGCCAUGUCAGCACAGGGGGCGGAGCCAGCCUGGAGCUGCUGGAGGGUAAAGUCCUGCCCGGUGUAGAUGCUCUGAGCAGCGCUUAAGACCUCCCGUCGUCCCCGAGAGGAGGUGCUGACGCCGGGGAGUUGGCUCUCCUCCAUCCUGUGAGGGCGUCCAUCGCUCCCAGAGGAACCUCCUCACACCUCCUCACCCCAGACCUAGUGUGCUGCAAUAAACAUGUUCACUUCCCCCAAGUUUUGAUGUUACGUUUGGUCUUAAAAUCUUGUUUUCCCUUGAACCAAGUGGGAAGGAGGAAAAAAAACCUUAAUCUCACUGGCUCAAGGGUUAUAGAAGGAUUAUAGAAACAUUAUCUUUAAACCAGGUGAGAGAUUUCGGCCCUAUUUCAAGAUAUUAUCCAAAUUGUCAAACUAAGUGAAAGUACGUUGGACAUGAGAGAAUUAUAUCUGACUUCUGGUGGCACAUUUCAGUUUACUGCAUUCUAAGAAGUGAGAUUUUAAGACCAAAAAUAAGAUCGAGGCUUGAUAAGAAACGGUUUUAUUUUUAUUUUUUUUAUUUUCUACCGGAGUGUACCUACAGCUAACACAUGCACACACACAACAACGAGGGACCCCGGAUGUCAAAUCAACUGUCGCUCUGCUAUAGAAACAAGAUGGCCGCAAAACCCGAGAUCCCCGCGGUCCUGCGCCAUUGUCUUUCCCUCCCCUGCACCUGCCUCAGCUUACAUCCGCUUGGAGAGGGACACAAGAUGAAUUUUCCAGACACGCGUUUACAAUGCCGCUGAAGGUAGAAUGGGAAUUCCGCCUCAGUACCGUGUUGAUAAUACACCCACCAACAUGGAUUUCUCCUCACGGCUGUCGUGGAGACUACUGAUCAGUGCUGGCCGAUGCGGGCGCAGCGUUUACUGACACUUGUGCAAUUAUGGGAAAAAAAGUUUGUCUGUGGGAUUGCAUGCUGGUAUGUGUACACACGAGCACCUGGACCUGAGCUAAUACCUGUUGGACUGUCUGAGUCCAUACGGGGUGAGGCCUGGUCACACACACACCCCCCCCCUCAUGUACUGGAAGGAUUUUGCUGUGUUUCCUUAUUGAGGGGGGCGAUCGACCGAGUCACCUCUGUUCACUGCAGCCGUUAACCUUUUACAAGGGAAUUUGUCGUCCGUGGCACCUUGAGUUGGUGCACUCGCACCCGUGUUUUGUGUGCGUGUGAGGAAUACUGUGUUUCUCCUGUAUAGUCAAACUGCACCGUCAUGUGUUGUCGUAUCUCUGCCUAGACUUUGUACUAUCUAACAUGUUCGAUGUUGGUUCGCUCACGUGAUCUUCUCCCCUGUGUUUACCACGCGAGUCUCUCCUAACACACUCUCCAUCCCACCCAUUCCUCCCUAACCUGUCAGUUAUACACAAAGGCUUUGUUCAGAUUGUUGCUGGCUCUUCCUGUUCCUCUGUCCAUUAAGGGGGGGAGGAUUCUUCUAGGAGCGUGAAAUCAUGUCAAUCAUAUUUGUUCAUGGAAAUUAAAGGAAGUUCUUGUAAAACCUAAA